AUGUCUGUUAAACCAAUCGAUACAUUCAUCACCAGUAGUGUGAAACUUUUCGAAGUGAAUCCAUCACAAACGACCUUCACUAUCUCAUACCGUGGACCUUCUGACACGGAUAAUAAUAAGAAGAAGACCUCGGUCUCAUUUAGGUCUCAUAAUGCUCAUCUCGGAGUCAGUUAUAAGUUCAAUACGAAUAAAAGUAAAGAUGUUUCUAGAUUACUGAAUGCUAUAGGGCCAAGGGGUGUGUCGAUUACUCCAGGUAAAAUUGAAAAAAAUAAAAUGAUAAUUAACGGUAAGAAAAUCGUAGUGCCAAAGAACUCUAGUAAGAAGAAGAAAUUGAUCCAAGAUAUUGUCGGAUUGGGCUCAUUGAUUACCAAUUCUGACGUCAAAGAAUAUAUUCCCCCAGUGCAUACUACCAACGAAAAUACUACUGCUAAUGCUGCUAAUAAAAAGUCUGAACAGAAAGGGAAGAAAAAUAAAAACAAAAACAAGAAAAAGCGUUAA